UUCUUUCUGGCGCUGCAGCGCCCAGUAUCUUUGUCAUCCUGUGCUCUCGUCUUUUCGCGAUAUCAAUCGGAUCAAUUCGCCACCGAGAUUGAUCGCCCUACUUCGAAUUGAUUGAGUGUUUUUUUUUUCGCCCUUCUCUUUCUUAUCAAUCGCCUCUCUGCCUACCAAACGGAUCUAAAGCACUUCCCAUCCUCCUCCUGACCCCCCACGUUAUCAAGUGUCUUCGCUAAACGACGUCAUCGAAAUUCGGAACGAAAUUGCGAAUUCCCUCGAUAUCAUUUCUGUGCCGUUCUCUUUGCAUUAAGCGUUACGCAUUUCUUUGAAAAAGGCGAUGCAAGGCAAAGUAAGUGUUUAAUUCAAAAGAAAAAAGGGUUAGCAAAAAAAAAAAAACAAAUUGCCAUUGGUUGGGUGGGAAAAAAAAAAGAAAAUACUCGUAGAGAAGGGGGUGGGGUGGGCAAAAAAAAACAAAAGAAAACAACAAACCAAAAAUGUCUUCAUCUUCGGGCUUUUGUGAACCGUUGCUUAAUUAUAAUCAGAUGGAAAAUAGCUCGGCUUACCACGGUCAUGGUCCGUCUCCGAUCCCGACUCAUCAGUCUCAUCCAGCGGCGGCUCUCGUGGCUUUUUCGCAGGCCAGUAGUCUGAGCGAAGCGCUGCGAUUGUCGCGACCCUUUCCCCAGAAUUCGGAUGGCAAGGAUUUAAAUAAUCCAUUUUCGACUGUGAAUCUGGGUGGAUUACGUCCGUCGGAGGUCGGUGCCGCCGCUGCAGCCGCCGCCGCCGCCGCAGCCGCUGCCCAUCACCACGGAUUGGCUUGGCCGUUUCUGCACUUGCAGAAUCCGUUCUUCCAUCACGUUCCGUCUCUCGAUCCGAGAUUGCCGUUUGGCACGGGCGCCUUCCGGCCCCUCACGCCGGCCGAAGAGCUUCAGAAUUUAAAGUCUUGCUCGUCGUCUUCGUCGUUUCAUCCUGGAGGAGGAGGAGGCGGCAGCAGCGCAGCAGCAGCCGCUUUUGCUGCCGCCGGAUUGACUUCUCCGCAUCAUCAACAGCAACAACAACAGCAAAAGGGGCACCCCCAUUCCGGCGGUGGUGGCGGAAGUGGUGCUGGUGGUGCUGCUGGUGGUGGUGGUAAAAUUGAGAGUUUGCCAUUCAAUUUGAGCCGCUACAAUCCGCUGUUCAAUUCGGCCAUGGAGUCGUCGAUGGCGGCUGCCGGCCGCCUCGUCUUCAACUCCAAUGGACAGAGGGUUGUCAUCCAAGGUCAGCCGGAAUCGCCUUCCAAUAAUAAUAAUAAUCAUCAUCAUCAUCAUAAUGGAGCUGCUGCUGCCGCCGCCGCAUCGGCCAUGUCACCGACGAUGGCGUCGGCCGGUUGUGCCGAUUCGUCGUCUCAUCCGUCGUCGGCCGCUUCGUCUUCCAGUGCCCAUCACAACAACAAUGAUGGCCGCGAUGCUGCCGGAACGCCCCUUUCGGAUGCGGCUACCGAACGUUCGACUCCGGAUGACAUCCGCACCUCACGACGCCGGAAGAAGUCUCCACUGGAUCCGUCGUGCUGCCCAGUUUGUGGCAUCACGCUGCGAUCGUCCGAUUUGGAAGUGCAUUUCGUCCAGGAAUUGGAACGUCUUGAACGCGUUUCACGCACAUUUCGUUCAUCGUCGCAUCAUCACCACGCAUCCGGCGCCAGUGGCAGCAGCAUCAGUCCGUCCGGCAUGUCUGCACCAGCCGCCACAUCUCAAGUUCAAAAACGUGAACAGGAUACUCGUUGGGAGACAUUUCAUCGCAUCCGAAUCAAUCGGACUAAUCGAGUCAGGGCCAAAGCUCGUAAACGUCGAGCUGACGAACGUGAAGGCACUCCCGAGAACGGCCACCAUCAUCUGCAACACGGUAACGGUGCCAGUGGAAUAGCCGGAUGUUCCAGCACUCCGUGCCCCAUUUGCGGACAGAGAAUGUACGGAUCGGCUGAAGAACUCAAUCAGCAUGUGGUCCAAUGUCUGAGACGGAAUGGAGAAGACCCCGACGAAGAUGAGCCGUUAGACGUCGAAGGCGACAGUUACGAAGAAUACGAAUGGGCCGGCCAGCGUCGUGUGCGGGCCAGCACUCUGCUAGAAGGAGGCUUUGGCGGUGUCGGUAUGCACAUUUCUAAAGCCGGCGAUGAGGAAACGGAAGAUGUGGUGGUCGACGGUGACGACACGGCCGCCUUCGGUCAGCCACAGUUCAACGAGAACGACAUCCAAUCAGCCGCAGCUGAGCAUUCCUCCCAAGAAGAAGGUUUAGUCAAAUGCGAGCGGGAUGCACAGAUGACCACAUACAAGGAAACCGAUUCUAAAGAUCACAUUAUUAACGCUUUGAAGAAUCGCGUUUGUGAUUUAGAAGAAAUGAACAAAGAAGCCAAGCAGAAAAAUCGCUGUCUCAUCUGUCUGGGAGACUAUCGGCAGCCUGUAGUUUCGACGUCGUGCUGGCACGUCCACUGUGAAGAGUGCUGGCUUCAAGCAUUGGGAAAUAAGAAAUUAUGUCCUCAGUGCAAUUUGAUUACCUCGCCGACUCAUCUCAGACGAAUUUACAUGUGAAUUGAAUUCCCCCCUUUUUUUGUGAUGUCAUAGUAAUGUUUUUGGUUUCUCAAAGUCACUGAAUUUCUGAAUUCAACGUUAAACUCUUCUGAUUUUUUUGUCCUUUUUUUCUUCCGACAAACGUUCUUUUUCUUUUCCAUUCAAUAAGAUUACAGUCUCUGAUUUUUCUCUCUUCUGUAUGUUUACGUUCCCCUCCAACCCUUUCUUGGUGUUGUUUAGCGCGUCCUCUAUGUUGUAAAUAUAGCAGGCUUCUUGCAUCUUGCAAUGCUUUUUCCCAAUUGUUUUCUGUCCCCAUUUCAUUUCAGUGCCAGGUAGAACAUGUUUUUAGUCUACCUUUCAGUUGGUUGGUUUAUUGUAUACACAAAGCAUCAUCUACAGUUA